UCCCGUCAUUCUAGAAUGAAAAAAAAACAAUAUCAUACACAAUUUACAUGUACCCAUGUUCCAAGAGAAUCCGGACCCGAAAAUCUAAGUCGUCGCGGUGAGGACUGGCGAGCAUCUAAUGGGCUCAUGAAGCAGAGAAGCCAUCUAUCCCGCUGGUCUAAGUACUAAGAAAAGGAAGUCACCGGUCGAUUCAGCGGCCAAUAUUUUCCUUUGCUAGUGGGGUGUGUAUAUAUAUAGCACGGAGAGAUCUCGGAUUUAUAGAACCGAUCUCGGCGUAUCAGGAGAAUGAUUCACAUGGCUACGUACAAAGGAUCGUGGACGUCACGGGAAAGUUUGUUAAGAAUGCACUCAAGCCAGGCCUAUUAAUCCCACGUUCAGCUGUUCGCUCACUCGCUCAGUAGCUCCAUCUUCUCACCCUCCCAAGCCCACGGCACUAUUCGAAUUUCGAUCGAUCGAACACCCGUGGAAAUGCCGUCGAUCACCGCGCCGUCCAGUCCUCACGUCCUCGUGGUGCCAUUCCCGGCGCAAGGCCACACACUGGCGCUCCUCGACCUUGCCGCCCUGCUCGCCGCGCGAGGCCUCCGUCUCACCGUCGUCACCACCCCCGGCAAUGCCCACCUCCUCUCCCCUCUCCUCGCCGCUCACCCAAGCUCCAUUCGCCCGCUCACCCUCCCCUUCCCCUCCCACCCUUCUCUCCCGGCGGGCCUCGAGAACCUCAAGGCCUGUCCUCCAAUCUACGCCGCCGUCUUCGUCCACGCUCUCGCCGCGCUCCACCACCCCAUCCUCGCAUGGACCAAGUCGCAGCCGCACCCCGUCGUCGCCGUGUUAUCCGACUUCUUCUGCGGGUGGACGCAGCCUCUCGCCGCCGAGCUUGGCGUCCCGAGGCUGGUCUUCGCGCCUUCCGGCGUCCUCGGCACCGCCAUCCCGCACUCGCUCUUCCGCCGGUCGGUCAAGCCACGACCGUCGAACGACGCCGUCGGGUUCCCGGGGAUCCCUGGCGAGCCGGCGUACCAGUGGAAGGAGCUUUCGAUCAUGUACAAGAUGCACGCGGAAGGGCUCGUGGAAGCGCGGCUCGGCGAGGCGGUGAAGCAGAACUUCCUCUGGAACCUCGAGAGCUGGGGAUUUGUGUCGAACACCUUCCGUGCGCUCGAGGGGAGGUACCUGGACACUCCGCUCGAGGACCUGGGGUCGAGGCGCGUGUGGGCGGUGGGGCCAGUCGCGCCGGAGACGGCCGUCCACCGCGGCGGGGAGGCGGCCGUCGGCGCCGGGGAGCUCGGCGCGUGGCUGGACGCGUUCCCGGAAGGGUCCGUCGUGUACGUGUGCUUCGGGAGCCAGGUGGUGCUGACCCCUCCCGUGGCCGCGGCGCUGGCGGAAGCGCUGGAGCGGAGCGCGGUCCCGUUCGUGUGGGCGGUCGGAGCCGGGGACGAAGACGGCGGCGACGUGGUGCCGGAAGGCUUCGAGGCGAAGGCGAAGAGGCGCGGGCUGGUGGUGCGCGGGUGGGCGCCGCAGGUUGCGGCGCUGCGGCACGCGGCGGUGGGGUGGUUCGUGACCCACUGCGGGUGGAACUCGGUGCUAGAGUCGGUGGCCGCCGGGGUGCCCAUGCUGGCGUGGCCCAUGACGGCCGACCAGUUCGCCAACGCGCGGCUGGUCGUCGACGAAGCGCGCGUCGCGGUGCGCGCGUGCGAGGGCGGGGUCGGCGUUUCGCCGGACGCCGCCGAGCUCACGGCCGUGUUGCGCAACGCGGCCGGGGGUGGAGAGGAAUGCCGCAGCGUGCGCGCGCGUGCCAAGGAGCUCGCGGCGGAAGCGGCGGCCGCGGUGAGGGGAGGUGGGAGCUCGUGCCAGGACUUGGAGUCGUUGGUGCAAGAGAUUCGAAAGCUUUGAAUGCACGUGAGAUUCGUUGUAUUGCUACACGAUUCUUCUCGGAAGUACCCUAAAAAAAUGCCCUCUGCAGAAUGCAAUAUGGCCCAUAAAAUUGGAGAAUUCGGAGGACCAUUUAAAAAACUAGGCCGGCAGGGGGAAAGACCCGUGUAUGAAGAAGACACGCGUGAAAAUCCCUGAAUCUCAUGCCCACCCAUAUCUAGCCCAGAACCAAACGGGUGCUAUUAGAACCCAUGACCACUAGGCUAGAGAGAGAACGAUAUGACGCUUUCUGUUAUAAUUAGAUAACUUUGAUACAUGCUACUCCCUUUGUCCCA